AUGCGUCGUCAAGUGCUGGGAAGCAUCGCGCCGCUCCGUGCCGGCGCCCGCGGCUGGGGCUGGUACCACCGCGCGCUCGAGAAGAUGAACGCGCCCAAGGCCGCGGCCAAGAGCUACGACUAUGCUGUCCCGGCGCCCGAGGUCCCGCGCCCGCGCGUGGCCUUUAGCGUGCAGAUUGGCAACACGGAGCCCGAGAAGGUCGUCAUCGAGGUCGCCAAGGACAUUGUGCCGGCGACGGCCGCCAACUUUUUGCAGCUGGCGGAGAACGGCUACAAGGGCACGCCGAUCCACGCUGUCCAGAAGAACCAGUUCCUCACGGGCGGCGACAUUGUCGCGGGCAACGGCACGGGCGCGCAGUCGGCGGCCGGUGGCACGUUCGCGGACGAGAACUUUGCGCUGCGCUUCACGGAGGCCGGCGUCCUCGGCAUGGCCAACGCCGGCGUCAACUCGAACGGCUCGCAGUUCUUUAUCACAUUGGCGCCGAUGCCGCACUUGAACGGCCGCAACGUGGCGUUCGGCAAGGUCGUCGAGGGCAUGGACGUGGUCCGAAAGGUAGAAAAUGUGUAUUGCGUCAAGGGCAAGCCGCUCACGGAGAUCAAACUCGUCGACUGCGCGCUCUUGUAA